AUGGUCAGGGUGUGGCUGUCAGUUUCCUCCUAUGACGUGGGGCACUGUGUGAGUAAACUAGGAGGCGCGGCGGGUGGGACGCCUCGGGCUGCCCCCCGGCUUCCCCGGGGAUCGAGGCGCCAGGCUAUUACCCGUGCCCGGCGCGCUCCCCCUUGCCGCGGCCCCCAGGGGCCAGGGCGAGGCGGGGGCUCCCCUUCCGCCUCCUCGGGCUACUCGGCCGGCGACUGCAUCGUCCUCCCCCGGCUUCUGGCGGCUGAGUGCCCCACCGGUUGUUUCACAGCCACCCGCAAGCUCAGCAGCCGCGACGUGGCGGUGCGGGCGACACCGCGCAGCGACGCCCCGGUGCAGAGCUCGCUGGCGCGGCGCACGCUGCAGCCCGGGUCUGGCGACCCCGGCCCUUCCCUAUUCCCGACUGGCCCCGGCGCUCAGGGGCCGGCCGGGGGGCAGGCCCCGAGCGGCGCCCCUGGCGCUUCCUGCGCGCUGUCCCCUUGUGGUGGCCGGUGGCCUCCGGCCACUCACCCACUUCCUGGAGGGCGCCGAGGCCGCGCCCGGCGAGCAGAGGUGUGCGGCGACUGCGGGAGUGCGAGGCUGCCAGGCCGGGAGGAGGGAGCGGCAUCGCCACGACGGCGUCCUCCUGUCCGCGGUCGGGGGAGGACGACGCGGUCCUGGCCGCAGCGCGGGAGCUGGGAGCAGCAGCUGACGUGCCCGGGCGGCGGCGCGGGGGACCGGGCAGGUGAGGCGCCUCCGCGGCCCGCGCCAAGGAUCCCGGAACAACCUCCGCUCGCGGGAGAGCCCGAGACCUCGGCGACGGAGGGUGCCGAGAGGACGCUCGGCCGCGGGACACAGGUGGUUGCUGCAGAGUCCGGAGCUGGCGAGGAGCGCUUGCUAUUCCAGUUCUUAGAACGGAAAUACGGCGAUUAUCGCUGCAAGGACUGCAGCGUCCGUUGGGAGAGUGCUUAUGGGUGGUGUGUAAAGAGCACGAACAAGGUUUAAUUCAAACUGUUUUGCAGAACUCUGUCACUGCUGCACAUUCAUUUUUAUUUUAAAUCCCAGAGAAAACUAGCUCCAUCUUGUUUUUAA